GAAAUACAGAAACCCAAUUAGUCUUAAACGUUAUAUGACAAGAGAAUCGAGGCAUUAUCGUAUUGAGAUAUGAAUAAUAAGGGAGAAAAAGCAAGCAAUAUGGGCCAUAAGAUGUCUACUCAAUAGCUCCAUGAUUUGAUUUGCAUCCUCUACCACUCUUGUUCCCUAUUCAUUUCACCACCAAAAUUGAAAGCUUCCCCUCAAAAUCAAGCUCAAUUCUGAAUUGAAUCACCAAAAGAAGAAGAAGAAAUAAUGUCAAUUGUUGAAGGAGGAUCUUCCUCAAGUUCUUCACCUCACCCAACCCCAAGUAGAUAUGAGUCCCAAAAGCGAAGGGAUUGGAACACAUUUUGCCAAUAUUUGAAGAAUCAAAGGCCCCCAGUUCCUCUUUCACAGUGCAGCUGCAGCCAAGUGUUGGAGUUUCUUAGAUAUCUGGACCAAUUUGGUAAGACCAAAGUUCAUGUUCAAGGGUGCAUGUUCUAUGGCCACCCUGAGCCGCCUGCCCCUUGCACUUGUCCGCUAAGGCAAGCUUGGGGCAGCUUGGAUGCUCUUAUUGGGAGACUGAGAGCUGCCUAUGAAGAACAUGGUGGCGCCCCACAGAGUAACCCUUUUGCUUCUGCUGCCAUUAGGGUUUAUCUUAGGGAUGUUAGGGAAUGUCAAGCUAAAGCAAGAGGGAUUCCUUACAAGAAGAAGAAGAAGAAGAAGAAUGUUACUUCUUCUGUUCAAAGCAAAGGAGCUGAAGAAUCAAGCUCAAGCUCCUCCACCAUCCACUUUGUGCCUUGAGCAAUUAAGCCAAAAAGAUUUAUAUAUGGGACUAGAGUGGAUGAAGGGACCAAAAAGUG